AUGACGGCCUGCCGCCUGGUCUGGCGCAUCGGCGGCAAGACCUGCUCGCGCUGCCCGACCGGCGGCGCGCCCGGCGGCGCGCCACCCUGCCCCGCGGGAGACGUGGCCGCCGUCACACUGCUGGGCGACGUGGGCGAGGGCAGCAUGUCCGCCGAGGUCGCCGGCGGUCAGGCCAUCUACGUGACCCGGGGCUUUACCGUGGGCUACCAGCCGGCGCACAUGUCGACGCUGCCGGACGGCGCCCGGAUCGACAAGUUCAGGGCGUUUGCGGGCGGCGGCUUCUUCAACACCCUCGGUGGGAUGUACGGCUGGGCCGUCUGCGGCGACGGCGUCACGAAGCAGCUGCACGUCAAGAACUCGACCAAUGCCAACGAGCUCAAGAACUGCGUCGGGAUCAAUCUCAGGGUCGAAGAUUAUGAUGGCCCGGGUGCGUUUCAGUACAUCUAA